AACAAGAAGCCAAGCCCGACAACACCCACCCUUUGAGGAACGAAAAUUUCAGAUCUGCUUUGUUCCUUCCCCUGCUCUUGGCUGUGUGUGGGUGUGAAUUUUUCAAGUUUCUAAUCCCCUAAGUUCUCUUGCACUUCCCGCCAGCUUCCCCCAACCCGUAGCUCCGGUUUUGCUUGCUGAAUUUUCUGGUAUGUGACAACUCCAUCUAAGUCCAAAAUUACCCAUUAGUUGUUGAAUUUAUCCAUUAAUUGCCACCCAUGUGCUGUCCGAAUUUUUGUUGAAUCAGGGGGUGAAUUCCGGUAGCAAUUAGAUCAAAAUUAAGCUUAAUUCAUGUAGAAUUUAUGUGAUUGGGUAUUAAUUAGCUGCUGUGAGGUUCUAGAGAAAAAUCCUGUGAAAUUAGCUAUUGUUUUGCCAAAGCCGGUUCCUUCAUGUUGUCUUGGAAAUUGGAGAAUUUUGUAUAUGUGUGUUACAUUUUUUGUGUAAAUCCUGCAAGGUUUUGUCUCUAAUAUAGUUAUGACUGCUGAUUACUGACGCCCGUUAGUGGGAGUUUGCCAACGCUAGCACAUGUCGACAUAUUUACCGAUAGGACCAGUUCACUCUAUAAUCCUGCUAAUGGGAUAAUACAUUGGUUAUUACUGACGCUUGCCAAUGGGUGUUUGUUAAACAUUGGCCAUGACUUAUAGAUGAGACUACUACUGAAUCUUAUUCUGCAUUGACGGUUUAUCAUUGAACGUCUGUUAUGUUAAAUUGUUUAUCAGGCAUGCUUAAAUUUUACUUACGGGCUAUCCAUAUUUUUACUUAUUGAGAUAUUUUAUCUCAUAGUUUUCCUUGUCCACCAUUUCAAGAAGUGAAACCCGAGACACGGAAUAUAUGGCAGAGAUGAGACGCCAAGCAUCUUCUGCCACGAGUAUGCCACCUCUAUCCUUAGUGGUUUCCACUCUUACAGCCCCUCCUCUUAUUUCUCCUGCUCCUAUAUCUUCUUCUCCUGUUGUGCAUAGCUGGAAGGUCUAUACAGAAUUCCAGAAGGUGGUGACCAAGAAAUUUGAUGGUACCGUAGAAAGUUACUUGAAGCUACACCAAGGAGAGCUUGAAUUGAGCACCUUGGAUGGUUUUAAAAAGAUGUUCAUGCAAGAAUACGUACCCGACAGCAAAAGACGUGAGCUGCAAAGGGAAUUUGUAGAUCUUAAACAAGGGUCACGUACUGUUGAGCAGUACAAGGAGUUUGACUGCUAUCUGCUUUUUGUGGGUAGUCAAGUCGGGGAUGAGCAAGCCAAAACUGAUAGAUUUUUAUGGGGCUUGAAUCUUGACAUCUGUCUGGCGAUGAAUCAAUUCAAACUCGCCACUUAUAGAGAGGCGACGGACAGAGCCAUAGAUCAAGAGAAGGCUAUGGCUAGAGUCAAGAGACCAGACUCGCAAAAAGUUGGGUUGCCAAGACUGUGGGUCAAGCAUCAACAGCCCAACGUACUCAUCUUGCUCCACCUAUUUGCCCCACUUGUGGAAGAGUUGGGCACACUCGUGACCAGUGUCACAUUACUACUGGGGCUUGCUUCAGAUGUGGCAAGCAGGGACAUCGGGUUGCUAAUUGCUCAUAGUCAGACCCUAGAUCUCAGAGUACUCAAUCUACAUCUCAGUGCAUCACACUCUUUUAUAGCUCGAUCUUAUGCUUUGAAACGAGCCAUACCUAUUGAUACCUCCAAUUUUGAACUGCAUGUGAACACCCCUUUAGGAGGGGUGAUGACUACUAAAGAUGGUUUCUUAGUUUUUAUCACUAAUGCUAGUAGUGUGACGUUGAGACUAGAAGACAUCCCUGUGGUGUGUGAGUUUUUGGAUAUAUUUCUGGAGGAUCUCCCAAGUUUACCUCCAAAUAGGGAGAUUGAAUUUGCUAUUGAUCUUAUUCCUGGCACUGGACCUAUUUCCAAAGCCCCGUACCGUAUGGCUCCUGCAGAGUUGAAGGAGUUAAAGAAGGAUGGGAGCAUGAGACUGUGCAUAGAUUACCGAGAACUGAAUAAGGUGACUAUGAAGAACCGAUAUCCACUUCCUAGAAUUUAUGACUUGUUUGAUCAGCUUAAGGGUUCCCAAGUGUUUUCUAAGAUUGAUCUUCGAUCUGGCUACCAUCAAUUGAAGAUUAAACCUGAUGAUGUGCCAAAAACUGCCUUCCGUACCUGCUAUGGUCACUAUGAAUUCCUGGUUAUGCCUUUUGGCUUAACAAAUGCCCCUGCAAGAUUUAUGGAUUUGAUGAAUUGGGUAUUUAGCAAGUACCUAGAUAAGUUUGUGGUUGUCUUUAUUGACGACAUUUUGAUCUACUCUUCUAGCCAUGCUCUUCAUAAAAAGCACUUAAGGACACUGCUCGAGACAUUGAGAAGUGAGAGGCUGUUUGCUAAAUUUAAGAAGUGUGAAUUUUGGCUAGAUAAUGUUGCAUUCCUAGGUCACGUUGUGACUAAAGAUGGAAUCUCCAUUGACCCCCAAAAGAUUAAGGCCGUGGUGGAUUGGAAAAGGCCGAAUAGUGUUGUAGAAGUCCGUAGUUUUCUAGCAUUGGCUUGUUAUUAUUGUCGAUUUGUGAGGGAUUUCUCUAGAAUUGCUUUGCCAAUGACUCGUCUGAUAAGGAAGGACACCAAAUUUGAGUGGACUCUAGAGUGUGAGAAGAGUUUUCUAACCCUUAAAGAGAAACUGGUCACUACUCUUGUACUUGCACUUCCCAUCAAUGGGGAAGGAUUCACUAUAUAUAGUGAUGCUUCUAAAAAGGGUUUAAGAUGUGUCUUGAUGCAGAAAGAUAAGGUUAUUGCAUAUGCUUCACGGCAGUUAAAGCCUUAUGAAGAAAAUUACCCUACCCAUGAUCUGGAGUUGGCAGUUGUGAUAUUUGCACCCAAGAUCUGGAGGCAUGAUCUAUACGGUGAGACCUGUGAAGUUUUCACUGAUCACAAGAAUCUCAAGUAUUUUCUCACUCAAAAAGAGCUUAACAUGAGGCAGAGGCAAUGGCUUGAACUUUUGAAAGAUUAUGACUUGACCAUUAGCUACCAUCCAGGCAAAGCCAACAAAGUAGCAGAUGCGUUGAGUAGGAAGUCGUCUGGCACUGCCUCAGCAUCCUUGCCACCCAGAAGGGGAUUCUUGAUGACCUUGUUGUGUGUACCAAGAGAUCAUGCUUUAAGGCGUGAGAUUAUGGGAGAUGCCCAUAAUACUAGUUACAUAGUUCACCCAGUUACCAGUCCAGCAUUCGCAUGGCACCGUUUGAGGCUUUGUAUGGUCGAAGGUGUAGAUCACCUAUUUGCUAGGCAGAGAAUAGGCAGAAAAGCUAUGCGGAUAGAAGGAGAUGAGACCUUGAGUUUGAAGUCAGUUGGCGAGGUAGCUUACCGAUUGGAGUUGCCUGGAAAUUUAGCAGGUGUUCAUGAUGUGUUCCAUGUGUCUUUACUUCGGAAGUAUAUUCCCGACCCGAGCCAUAUCAUUGAUCUCGAACCCAUUCAGCUUCGAGAAGAUCUCACUUAUGAUGAGCACCCGAUCCUUGGAAUCCAAGAUGAGGCAGGAAUAUCCGCACCUCUUGCAAGAUUGAGCCGCGCGUUUCUGCUCUUCUUCUUCUCCCCUGCAAUCGAACAAGCCAAGCCCAACAACACCCACCCUCUUGAGGAACGAAAAUUUCAGAUCUGCUUUGUUCCUUCCCCCGUUCUUGGCUGUGUGUUGGUGUGAAUUUUUCAAGUUUCUGAUCCCUUAAGUUCUCUUGCACUUCCCGUUGGCUUCCCUCAACCCGCAGCUCCGAUUUUGCUUGCUGAAUUUGUUGGUUAUCGAGUAUUUUGUCACCCUAGCACUUGGAGUGAAUUUUCAGUGUUAUGCAACUGAGGUAAGUAAAUUAUGGUAACGCUUUUCGAUUUCAAAGUAUAAGCAUAUUUUAAAUUGUUUUGAGAUGGUAACAAGGUUUAAAUUGAUUUUAUUAGCAUCAAGCAUGAUUGACUUGAAAUGGAAUUAUUUUCAUUUUCAUUGAGUAGACCAUGCCUACUUGGAGAUUACUUAACUACCCUGAUGAUUUGAAAAUUUUUGUAAAUUAUGAUUUUCUUGUUAAAUCCAUGCCCACAUGGAAUUUUCCUGGUUUAUUCUUGAAAUUUGAGAUUGAUUGUGAAUUACGAAUUUUUCCUGUAAAUCCUGCAUGGUUUUGUCUCUAAUAUAGUCAUGAUUACUAA